AUGGGGCUAGAGGGGGUUUUUUUAGGCAGUGGGCAGAUCCAUGUAAUCCUGUGGGGAAGUUUGGCAGCCAUGACAACGCUCUUGUUCCUUACCUUCCUCAUCUUCCUUUGCUCCAGCUGCAAUGGGGAAAAGAAGGCCAAAAAUCAGAAUGGAGACCAUGAAAAUCUGAUGAAUGUGCCUUCCGAGAAGGAGGUUUUCAGCCAUUCCAUCACAAGUUCAGCUACAGAGCCUCCCCCAAACAGUGAACAGAACGGAGCCCUCAGCAAUGGUGAUGUUCUUUCUGAGGACAGUACAGCUGCCUGUAUCCAGCCUUACGAAGAAGUACAGACAUCUACUGAUCUUCUAGAUCAACAGGAUAGUCUUGGAAAGUCUAUAAAAUGUCACCAGAGCCGGGAACUACCCAGUAUUCCCCCUAACAACCCCAUGGAAACUAUCAUCUCAUCUAGAAAUGCAGAAAAUUAUCAAGGUCUUGGAAUGGAAGGGCCUUAUGAAGUCUUGAAAGACAGCUCCUCUCAGGAGAACAUAGUGGAAGACUGCUUGUAUGAAACUGUGAAGGAAAUUAAAGAUGUUGGAGCAGUAAUCAUCAUGGAAAGGAAUUCUAACAGCAAAUCAAAGGCUUCACUGACAGUUUCUGAAGGUCAGAAUCAAAUUCCUGAGUGCAGAAUUGAGUCAGCAGAAUAUGCAUCUGUUGAUCGAAAUAAGAAAAGUCGCCAAAGUGCGAAUUCAGAAAGUCCUCUUGACAAUAUACCAGAUGUAGAAGAUGAGCUUCCCCCUCCAGUACCCAUAAAACUUCUUGAUGAAAAUGAGAAUGUGCAAGAAAAAGAAGUGGAAGAAGUGACAGAGGGAGCAAGUAAACCAGAAAAGAGGCUUAGUUCAGUGUCUUACAAGUCUCGAGAGGAAGAUCCAUCUCUUACAGAAGAUGAGAUCUCAGCCAUGUACUCAUCAGUGAGCAAGCCAGGACAGGCCGUCAAGGCACUGGAUUCUCCUUACACCUGCAUUCAAGAAAUUGCAUCUCAGAGGUCCCCAUCUAUUUGCAGUGGCCUCUAUGCAAGUGUGAAGGACUUUGAAAACACCCUAAAUUCUACCACUGUGCCUCAGCCAGCAGACAGACCAAACGGGGAGCUGGAGCCGGACUAUGAAGCUAUCCAGUCAGUGAGCCAAGAAGAAGACAGGACCUUGUCCGUGCCUCAUACAAACCACACUGCUCUUUCAGGAGAGAAUGACUAUGAGAGCAUAGGGGACUUGCAGCAUCACAGGGAAUUCACUAGACUUUAA